AUGGCUGUUCCCAAUGAGUUCUAUGAGCAGAUCAGUGAGGAGCACCUGAAGAACCUCUCCUUCAUUGGUCAAGGAUCUUUUGGGAACAUUUUCCGAGCUCGCCACCAGAAGUGGGGAACCGAUGUUGCAAUCAAGUUUCUCAGCCGGGAUUCUUCCUUCACUCAAGAAGAACUCAUGAAUGAAGCCCGAGCCAUGGACAAAGCCCGCUUCAGCUACGUCCUACGACUCUACGGCCUCUUUGUAGGCAAAAUGCCGAUAGAUGCUGCAUCGGCAUCAUCCAUAGUGCCCAGCUUGGGCUUGGUGAUGGAAUACAUGGAGAACGGCAACUUGUCCAACUUAAUGUGUCAGGUCCCCUCUAUGCCUUGGGCCCUACGUUUCCGCAUCCUCUACGAGGUAGCCCUGGGUAUGAAUUUCUUGCACAACCUCAACCCACCAUUGUUACAUCUGGAUCUCAAGCCUAGCAACAUCUUACUUGAUGGGGAGCUGCAUGUCCGGGUGUCGGACUUUGGCUUGUCCAAGUUCAAGCGAGGAACUACCCAGCAAUGUAACCUCAAUUCUGGGGAAAGGAGUAGCUGUGGUGGGACCCUGGAGUUCAUGCCUCCUGAAUCCUUUGUCGAUUUCAAGUACAAGCCAGCCACCAGCACAGAUGUCUACAGUUAUGGAAUCCUCAUAUGGUCAGUAUUAAGCAACCAAGAACCUUACCACAAUCUCCACAAUGCGAACAUGAGUUCCCUGAUCAAAAUGCACAUCCCACGAGGUCAAAGGCCACAGACAGAAGAUCUGGAGAAGCAGGUCGAUCAAGUGCUACAGCUGGCAAACGUGAUUGAUCUCAUGAAAAGAUGCUGGUCUAAUGAGAAGGACCAGAGGCCGAGCUUCCAGGAUUGCAGAGAAAAAAUGGAAGUCGUGUAUUCCUGUUACAAGUGGAAGAUUACGCCAGCUGUCAGAGAAAUCCAAGACAUUUUGAUGCAGAAAAAUAGUUCUUUUAGAACAGAAGCCAAGGUCCCUCCCCAUCUGAGUUCCAAGGGACCCAGUCUUGCCCCCGCGACAUCUGAGGGCUACCGAGCAUUCACUCCUACCUAUGGCUUGGAAGAACAUUUAAAAACCAUUCAACUAGAAGAAACGUCAUCUGUGCAAAACGAAGCUGUACCACCAGAAGUUGUUUUAAGAAAGAAAUCUAUUGGGAACCUUCACCGAAGUAAAAGCAUGUGUAACAGGGAUAAAGCUGAAAGGACAGAGCAGGAAAAUCCUUAUGUGUCGGAAGUCCAAACUUCACAAAGGAGCACACUCAGAGAUAAUAAGCAACGGCCUCGUUCAGAUACAUUUACUUCUCCAUUAUAUCCAAAUUAUCCUGCAUUCCAUCAUUAUCCGCUGCCAUUUUAUGGCUCCCACCAAGGUGAUAUUCGAUUUGCUCAACAGAACCAGUCAUUCCUGGGUCAUUCUGCACCUACAGUUUCCUAUGGUGGGAUUCAAAUCAGUGGCAGCAGCAUCACCGGAGUUCAAAUUGGAGGUGGAAACCACAUGCAUGUUGAACAAGCUUCUCGGACAAAACAUGGCAGUAACCAAUGAAUGCUGAUAGAAAAUGGACAACUUCAAUCCUGUGCUUGGGAGAAUUCCAGCCAGUCCCUUGUCUUUUCUAUUGUCCCUGACUUUUCUGCACAAUCCUUCUAAUAUAACAUAAUCCAGCUAUUUCUAGAAAGAUAGAAUCACAGAACAGAAAGAAUGGAGGUCACUCAGGAAUUCAUCUAUUCCAGGAGUCCAGUGGU